AUGAAGCUAUCUAGUGAGAUUAGUCUCAUGAAAAAUGGGCCUGAUGAUCUAACGGAGGCUUCAUCUGUUACACACACUGGCGCUAAUAGAGGAAAAGGGGGUUUCACAGCGGCCUCGGUAGGUGCGAAGCAGAUGAUGCCGACGACGAAGCGUAGACGCAGAAUGAACGCACCUGUUCAAGUGAGUGCACGGUUUUUGCCCUAUGAUGACGUUUGCGGUGCCACGGUUGAUGGUGCUACUGCCGUGGACGAUGUUACCGCGGAGCGGGGUUUGGGUCGCCGUGUCUCGUGUUUUGAGGUUAAUGAAGAUAUGGCUGGAAGGUACCUGCAGCAGGCUUCAGUUGAAAAUGAGUUCCUCCCGUCAACCCAGUGGGACGUUGAAAUUUCAUCCAGUUUCUUGAAGGAACUUCAUUCCACCCUCUCGUAUACUUUUGCUGGUGAUUAUGUUGCGUCCAGCGCCAGAAACCACCAAGAAAUGGAAACGGCUGAGAACAAACGUUGGUUUGAUAUGUUUAGGGCGUGGCCGCUUGAGCUUGCAUCCUCAGGGUAUGCUGAGUGGUGGCUGCGACACCCCCGAUGUUGUGCGGAUGCCACUUCUUAUUUUGCACACAUCAUCGAAGGCAUAAUGAGGGAGGAACGCCAUCGGAAAUUAUGUGAAAGUGAUUUUUUUAGAGAGGAAUUGAAUUCAGAAUUCUUGCAGGGUGCUUUGAGCAUGCUGCAAGCUGUAUAUGCAGAUCCUCCACGCUCCUUGAAGGCGAUGUUUUUGACUCCGUUGCAUCAUCAACGAUUGUUUUUUCUCUCUUGCCGGCUUGGCGCGCAUAAGUAUCCUUUUUGCAAUGGGAAGAAGAAAAAUACAAGGGUUCUAGCGCUUUGUCUUUCCCUUGCCUCCGCUAUAUCUCAGCGCAUUGCAGGGACUCAGUUAACAAUGCGGCAUGAUUUGAUACGUUUCUUGGGAAAUGUACAGAGUGCAUGGCAAAGUCUUUUGGAGUCACGCCCAGAUGAGGCCACACUACGUCUGGAGUUUGAUCGGGUUAAGUCUCUUUUAGCCUUUGCACUCGAUUGA